CACGACGGACCAAAUAGCUGUUGCACGUCAAGAUGGCGCUGCUCAUGGACACCAGACUUUUUCUGAGAAAAGUUAAAGAUUUACGGUGUUUAACGCCAAGACGAAACCGAGUGAAGGAAAAAUGGGCUUUCAACCGGACCAAGUACCCUCCCACCAGCCUGGCUCUGCAGCACUUUGAUGCCACCCACAGCCUCCAGCUGGGGCCGCUGUGGCCGUCAGUCCGAGCAGCCUUGCUGUCAGAGAAGAAAUACGGAGCCCUGCUCAAUAAUUUCUCCUAUGAUGUGGUUCGGGCAGACCUCGAAGCCCAGGGAUGCAGAGACUUCCUUCGUGACACAGAGACAGAAGUUUCUGGUGCACAGCCAUUCUUGGAACAAGAAUCUGAGGUUGUGGGCGAUGAGGAAUCCAGCGGUGUUUCCAUAUCUAAGAAAUCUGGCAUUGAUGGUCAGCAGCUAUCUCCUCUCCACCUCAGUCCUCACAUCAAGUGCUUCGUGUUUCCAAGAGGGGAUAUCACAAGAUUCAAGCCCGCUAAACCAGACAGUUGUGGCUUGUUGGGUUACUAUCUCAUGGACGCAGCCUCUCUGCUGCCGUGUCUCGCACUGGAUGUCCAAGAAGGUCACAAUGUGCUUGACCUCUGUGCUGCUCCAGGAGGCAAGACCUUGGCUUUACUUCAGGCCCAGUCUAUAGGUUUUUUGUGUGUCAAUGACGCCUCAGUGUCUCGGACAAUGCGACUGAGAAAAGUCCUCAACAGCUACAUUCCUAAGCCUCUUUUUGAUGAGAAACUACGCAUCACCUCCUUUGAUGGCACCCUUUGGGGGGAAAUGGAAAGGAACACUUUUGACAGAGUCCUCGUUGACGUCCCCUGCACCACAGACAGACAUUCACUGAUGGAGGACGACAACAAUAUAUUCUGUAAGAGCAGGACCGGUGAAAGAAGAAAGCUCCCGCAGCUACAGCUGGAGCUACUGAUGGCUGGAAUCGAAGCAGCUUGUCCAAGUGGGGAGAUCCUUUACUCCACCUGCACACUUUCUCAAAUCCAGAACCAGAGUGUGGUGGAACAGGCAAUCGCCUUGGCUCAAGAGAACCACGGCAUCAAGCUUCAGGUUGUUGAUCUGCGACCCCUCACACACAUGUUCAGGAAAACCUUUCACUUCGCUCCCGACCUCCACCUGGGUGAGAUGGUAGUCCCACACUUAGCCGCUAACUUUGGUCCCAUCUACAUGUGCAAGCUACGGAGGCUCACAUAGACCGGUGACGGCUUCGCCUCUGGUGGACAUUUGAAUGACUGUUACGGCUUUAUGGACUCAUGAGAAGAUCCUCUUGACUCGUCUGUCUGUAUACACUGUAACUGUUGGAGCACCGUUGAAGGAGAACCUUUCGUCAUGGUGGUGGACUGUUGACUCACUGGGCUGCAGCUGGUUAAAUGUGAAAGAAACACGCAAACAAUCCAGUUGAAGGACCUGGACCAUGACAUUAUUAUUGUGGACAGCAUUGAGACGCUUGUACUCAAUCAACAGGAACACCAAAUUCAAUGUCAGUUAAAACUCACUCCACUCGGAAAAACUUAAAUGUCGAAAGUUUUUUGGAGUGAACCAGCUUUUUAACUGUAGUUUUACGUUUUUACCUGUAGGUGGCAACAGAAGCUCAAGAUUAAAAGUGUUCUGUGCCCAUGAAAGGGUUUCACUUUACCGAAACACACAUUUCCAUCAGAAUCACAAGCUCUCUUUAAGCCUGAAAUGAAAAUGUGGCCGGCUUGUUUCAUGAUUAUUCAUUAGGUUUGAUGGCUUUGCCUAAUAAUGCGAUGUGUGGGUAUAUAUGUGAAGACGGCAUAAUAAACAAGCAAGUAAUGAC